UGUCUGUCUGUUUAGACCAAUGUUAGCCAGUAAAAUCAUCCGAUCGCGUGGCGUCUAUCGCUCAACGCAUCUCUAACUCCUCCAAGCGGCGGCGGCGGCGGCGGAUGAUAUGACUAAUACCACCGUCUUCUUCUUCUUCUUCUUCUUCACACAGAUUUAGCAGUCUAGUCGUGGAUCGCGUCCUUCUCUGUAUCAUCAGAAUAUCUAUCUCCGGAAAUAUGACACAUCAUCUUCAAAUGCAUAUUCUUUUCCAUUUAUGAUUUCUAGUUGCGAUAACCUCGAUUCAUACAACCUGGUGGAUAAAACCUGGAACCAACUCUCACCAGUAUGAACAGAACCCACAUCGCCGAACAAUGAUGAAGCGGGUGUGGUCUAUAUCAGAACUUGCACGACCAAAGCUCCUCCUCCGCCCUCAAUGGUGGUGGAGGAGAAACCCCGAAACCCUAGACGACCCAUUCUCCAAACUCCCAACUACAAUCAAUAAUAAGACAUCGACACGAGACCUCACAACUCCAUCCAUUUCGUGCUGGGAUCAGUUUCCCGACAUAAUUCGCUUAUUCUCUAACUCCAACAACACCGUUAGUGAUGAUCUCAACAACUCUAUUACAGGAUUAAGCCAGGAUUUGAUUGCCAAACACCUCCUUGAGGAAGAAGGCAUUGAGAGGAUACUGGAAGCACAAGGCCUCCCCUUGUUCAGUAAAUACUCUCAUCUAUCUGCUUUCCUUGAACUACUAAAAAAGUUGAGUCCUCGUCCUCAAGUAGCCGUACAGGUUUUCAACUGGAGAAGAAAACAGGUAGACUGUAGCUUCCCAAUGCUGGCAGAGGAGUAUGCAAAAGCUAUUGCAUUCGCCGGUAAACUUAAAAACAUUGAUCUGGCACUUGAACUGUUCAAUGAGGCUGGUAACAAGAACCUGAAGAGAAUAUCUACCUAUAACGCUCUUAUGGGUGUUUAUAUGCUAAACGGCUGUGCUGAUAAAUGUCACCAGGUUUUCCAAGAUAUAAAGAGAGACAUUAAUUGUUGCCCUUCAGUAGUCACAUAUAAUAUACUAAUAUCUGUAUUUGGUCGUUCGUUGCUGGUAGAUCACAUGGAGGCAACUUUCGCUGAAAUGCAGAGAUUAAACAUCUCUCCUACCUCGGUUACAUACAAUAAUUUGAUUGCCGGGUAUCUUACUGCCUGGUUAUGGGAAGACAUGGAGAAAACCUACGAGUCUAUGAAGGAAAGCUCAGUCAAUCCAGAUGACAACACAUAUUUGUUGCUUCUCCGGGGAUAUGCUCAUUCGGGUAAUUUGGAGAAGAUGGAGAAUAUGUACGAGCUUGUAAGCAAUGAUGUCAACAAGCAUUAUCCUCAGUUAAUAAGAGCUAUGGUUUGUGCAUACUGUAAGAGUUGUGAUAAAAACAGAGUUCAAAAAGUUGAGGUCCUUUUGAGGUUCAUUCCAGAAGGGGAUUAUAGACCUUGGUUGAAUGUCUUAUUGAUUAGACUUUAUGCACAAGAAGAUAUGUUUGAGGAAAUGGAGAAGUCAAUCAAUGAGGCGUUUGAUAAUAACAUUUCGGUUGGAACAGUUGAUGUCAUGCGAUGUAUAAUCUCGAGUUAUUUCAGAAGAGACAAGGUUGAUAACCUUUCUUGUUUUGUAAAGCGAGCAGAGCGAGCCGGUUGGAGAAUCUGCAGAUCGCUUUAUCAUUGUAAGAUGGUUAUGUAUGGCUCACAGAAGCGUCUAAAGGAGAUGGAGAGAGUGUUGGAUGAGUUAGAGGAUUCUAAUAUUCAUCUAACGAAAAAGACAUUCUGGAUAUUGUAUAAUGCUUACAAUUUCUCUGGUAAAACGCAUAAACUUAAACAGGUUUUAGGAUUGAUGUGCAAGAAUGGAUAUGAUGUUCCUUUGGAUGCAUUUCCUUCUUAGACCAUAUUUGAUUACUAAAAAAUUUCUCUUGUAUAGCCGCCAUUCAGAAAACUGUUGACUGGUUUCGUUCAUUCAUUCACAGUAGGCUGAGAGAGCUCAUCGACACUCUCGCUUAUUUGAGAAAUCGUGUUCCAUUUUUCUAGUGAACCAAAGUAAUAAUGGUUAAGCUGUAAAAUGGUAUGAUUUCUUAACUCUGAACAAGGAGGAGAUUGAACAAGAUAGGUCGUAAAUACUUGGUUCAGCUCAAGAGAUGUGGGUAGUUUAUGUUAUAUAUUGAGAAGUUCAAAUGGUUCAUCAUCUUAAAUUGUGAAGGAAGCCUGCUAUUGAUCGACAAAACCAUAGUUCUCCAUUGAAAAUACUUUGUUGUACCAUCAUCAUCAUGCAUGAUCAAGACUUAACUACACAGUCGAAGCAGGCCCAUUUGUGUUACAUUUUGUAGAGUAACUACUUCAUGCUUUAAAUUGUUUCUUAUUUGAAUCCAUCCCAUUUUGUUGGAUUCCUCCUUACCAUCAUCCAAUAAAGGGGCAACCUGAGAAAUUUUGCUA